AUGGCACUGCAGGAACCUCUUACUGUGACCAUAGGACUACAGCGAUUUGCCGAACAGCCCAAGUACACGGAGGUGAAUCCGGGUCAGGAUGCGCUGCUGGUGUGCAAAGUAAUUGACAAGCGUGGCGUCUGCUCCUGGCAGAAGGACAACAAGCCGGUCGGUAUCUAUCCGAAAAAGUACGAAUGGGCCAGCCAGUACGGCAUCGGCCAAACCGCGCACGUCGGGGGCGACUGUUCGCUGUGGGUGCGAGCGGCUCAGCUCGAAUUCGACGAUGGGCUAUGGGAGUGCCAGGUGACGGCUAGCGACUUUACGACGCAGGACGCACUUACCAGCCAGCCGGUGCGAUUAGUUGUCAGAGUGCCACCACAGCGACCUAGAUUAGAGCAUGAAGGAGUUCAUGUUCCUCCCGGUCACAACGUCACGGUUGACUCCGGUGCGGUGGCUACGGUAAAAUGUGUCUCCCAUUACGGAAACCCGCCAGCGCAACUAAAGUGGUACCUAGGCGAGCAAGAGAUAUCUCCUAUACAUCCACAAACAAAUUCGACGGAACCGGAUAAUCCUAGAACUUGGUCCGCUGCCUCGGUGGUGCAAAUUCCGGCUAACAAGGAGCGUCACGGUACAGUGUUAAAGUGUCUUGCAUUGCACGAGUCUUAUUCCGCGCGGUCCGUUGCAGUUGAGGCGCGUCUCGAUGUAAAAUAUGCACCAACUGUGCGAAUGCUCGGUGCCCCGCAAAUCGACCUAGAGGAGGGUAAAGACUCGUUGAUCCUACGGUGUGUAGCAGAUGCAAACCCGCCGGCCAGUAUCGUGUGGCGCAGAGCCGGCCGGUCCGAGAUUGCAAGCCUGCAGGAGUCCCUGCAGCUGCGGCCGGUCGGGCGACGUGAUGCCGGACUGUACACGUGCCAGGCGCAGAACUCCGUCGGCACCUCAGACACGAUGUCUGUCCAGCUGGAUGUCAAAUAUGCGCCGAAAAUAUUAUCAGCCGGGCCGGACCGUCUCACCACAGCUCCACUAUUUAGUCCAGCUGCAUUUGAAUGUGUGGCCGAGGGCAAUCCUACACCAACCUACAAAUGGGUUCAAAGAAUUUCUACUCAAGGAAAGCCCUUCCUCGACCGGGGCCGAGAAUCUAGACUGGUGAUAGAUAACGUCACAUACGACUACCAGGGUGAGUACGAGUGUCGGGCGACAAACUUCAUCAACGGCCAGGAACGGACAGCUACAUCCGAUCCGAUUGCAUUGCAAGUGGUCGGGGCACCGCAGGUUCUGCGCACCACUUCCGGUGGCGUUGCAGGCCAUUCGGUUUCGGUUAAAAAAGGUGACUCCGCAACGCUUUCGUUGAUCGUGUGUGCAGAUCCACGACCGCGUCAUGUAGCCUGGGAGUGGGGAUCACUACGGCUCGAAGCUGGUUCCGGUAUAGGUCGCUAUCGGGUGGACGAUGUGACCCAGGACAGUCGAGAAGAUUGCUAUCUGGCAACGUUACACAUCGACGAUGCCGAUCUCCAGGAUCAGCGUCCUUACUAUCUGGUGGUUGAAAACGAAAGAGGCACCGAUCGCCAUGCCAUCAGUCUACGAGUCGAAGGAAUGUUUUCAGUAGUGGAACCGCUCGAGCUAAGCUAUCUGCUCGGAAUUGCGGGCGGAUGCCUGGCAGCCUUUCUCAUACUCAUCUGUCUCUGCAUCUACGCAGUGCGGGCGCGAAAAUGUUGCUUCCGAAAUCGUAACAACUACAAGACAUCGGAAAAGGAUAGCGAAAAGGCCGACCUAAAGUCACGCUCGGACAGCACGAGCGUACCGCCGCUCGACUCGAUCUACACGACGCCCACCGGCUUCCACCAUCACCAUCACCAUCCGCACCAUGCCGCGCACCAUCCGCACCAGAACGGAACGCCCGGCUCGCCGGAAGCAAUGAAGUCGACCACCGUAACGGACACAGCGCAAAACAGCCAGCCCGUCCAGCGGCAUGUGAACGGUAUCGACCCGCAGGACGCCAACCUGGUGCUGAGCACGCUGCGCCACCAGCGAGACCUGUUCAGUGGCCCGCUCGGCAUACCGGACGUCACGACGCGGGUCGGUAGCGUUAUACAUGCGUUCGAAACGAUGGCCCGUCAGCGGCAAACGCUCGGUGGGCGUGAGUCCUACCGGGCGGACAAACCGUACGACACGAUGGCCACCGGUGCUGGAUCGUCCAAGUAUCGAUCCCACCGCUCGAACGUGAAGCGCAUUGGGGACGCGAACCGGCACAAGAUCAUACUACCUUCGCCCAACGUUUCGCCAUCGUCCUCGGCGGAGACGGGCCUGCUUUACCAUGGUCAGCAAAUCGCACACCAACCGGCGGUGUCCCAGAACCCUUCCCACUAUCCGCAUUCGAUGUCGUCAUCGUUUCGACAAUCCCUCCACACCGACCACCAGCAUCAUCAGCAUCAUCAUCAUCAUCAUCUUCCACCAACUUCCUUUUCCUAUACCGAUCCUCACGGUGUCCCACCCGCAGUACGUAGGCACAUGGGCGGCGGCGGUGGCAGUGGUGCUGGUAAUGGUGGUGGUGUGGAUCCCGCUGAGGAAGCCAUACAUAUUAAUAACAAUAACUUUGAGCAAAACUUACCCCAUUUUGUGGACGAUCAUAACAAUCACAGUCAGACCCUGCCGAGAACGAUGUUUCCCGCAUCGUUGAGUGUGUCCGGCACGAAUACCAUCACUGCCGGCGGCAAAACCGCAGCCGGCGAAUCCACCGAGCUACCGCACUUCCAGCUAAAUAACGAGAAUGAAUCAAGUAAUUUCGAUUCGUUGAAUCUAGACGAUGAUUACCGUAAAAGCUCUUUUGGCAAACAGUCAAACUUGCCCCAGCAGCAGCACCACCAUCAACACCAACAGCUUUUCCAACGUCGAAAUCCCCCAUCAAAUAUCAAUACACUGCUCUUGGCACGCACUCAACAACCCGGCGGUACCUCUGGCAAUCGCACCGGACGAGGAUUGUGGAGCUUGUUCGGUGGCGGUGCCAGCCACCACAACCCUUCCAAGCCAUCUACCAACGACCAUGCCAACACGACAGCAGCAGGGUACAGCAGCAGCAGAAACAAUCCGAACGUGUUUUUUAAUGCCAACUCUUCCACCUCGCCGACCGAGCGCACGGCAGCGGAAGCGUCAUCAGCGACGCCGGCAACGGUUGCUUCGAUUGCACCGGUACCAAUGUCAACAGCGACCGCGUCCAAUGCUACCGGCACAAUGCGCUAUUACAACCACGAUAACAACGCCAAUAGUGCCAAUCGUCGCAGCGUCCCAUCGCACUACGACGCUCGAGACGGACUAGCCGAUGGCGCCGCAACGGGCGGGCAGGAUGGUGACGGCCAGGACGACCAUCGUAGCACCGGCGGUACAGCUUACCGCCGUAACAAAGGUGACACCGGUAUUGCAAACGAAGGCGAUAACGAAGCCACCGAUAAUCACGUUAGUGGCGAUAAAUUCCUACGUGGCAGUACCGUCAGCCAGUCCUUCAUCAAGAACGUGCGGAUUAUAGGGAAGAAAUCGUCCUCGUACGAUGUCAGCGGUGCCAGCCACGCAAACAACGGCAGUGCGGGACUGCGCAAGGACGGCAAACAGCGGGACGAUCCCGGCCGGUCCAGUUCGCGACGGGCCAGUGCCGUGCUGGGUGACGGUGCCGGCACGUCCAGCUCCUCGAACGGGUUCAAGCAUCGCGGCUCGCUAAUGGUGGCGGCCGCGGCCAAACACUUCACCAAGCGCAACCGCGCACCGCAACCGGUGGCGGCGGGCAGUGCAACCGUUGCACCCGCUGACACUGACGAAUUAACCGGUACGCUGCGGCCUAAGCCACCCGAAGACGCCGCCAUCAACAACGGCGCCGGCAACAUCACCCCUAACGAGACCGGAUCAACGAAAAGAACCGACGGUCCGCCAGCGGUGAAGGCACGCACGCCUUCCGGUACAGCUAACAAGCGGCUGCUACUUUUUCAACCGCGCACGAUUGAUCGCGCUGAAAUCUGAUGCCAUCGCGAAAUGUGACUCAUGUUCAGGGGGCUAGAGGAAUUAGUGUAGUUACAAUGGGCGGGCAAACGUUGUGAGCAUAGUUUGAAAGCGACUGUACGGGAACAGUGCUCUGUUGCUGUGCUCGAAAUACGACGAACGAUUAUUACAAUACGAGUUUAGCAAACUGUUUAUAGUCGAAUGUAUACAAAAUUCGAUCCUAUCUUCUGUUGUCUGGAUCUUCUGUUGUCCAACAUAGCCUAGCUAGAAAUCCCAGUUUUGAAUACAACCUGUCUAUAGUUUAUUGGAGUAGGGCUUUUCAUUAGUAUAGUACGUAGCAAACAGAGCGAUUUACAUUAUAGUACGAAAAUACAAUAUCACCAACUGUAGAAAAUCUGUGUCAUACACGUAGCACAACAACUCAACAAACAAUAGGACCUUUGCAAAUGAAUUUAAACGCCCGCGUUAUAAAUCACGUUUGAAAUGUCAACGUGUUUUUCUUA